UGUAACACGCAUCCCAUGAAUAAUAGAAGGGGUUGCCCUAUCAAGAAACACAAAGAGGUGGAUGUAGUCGUAUUCUAUGCCAGAGUUGAAUUCACAUCAUUCUUACUAAGUGUCCGAACACUCAGAUGCGUUCAUUCAGGAUUCCAGACUGUUGGCCAGAGGGGAGCAUGGAAGCAAGCUGAACUGCUAGCUGGUUAUCCUAAUAGAUCUACCAAUUUCAUUCUUCUAAUCCUCAGAGUCUGUUCGUCGAAACCUAGACUUUCUGCAGUGCAUCGAUGUGUUCAAGGGUGCGAUGACUUCGUCUUCUGGCAAGGAAAGUAUUUUUUCGACCGCCCAAGAUGUCAGGAGCAAGGCGCAUAGUAAAACCAGAUUGCUUUAACGUCUUUUCAAGCUUACAAAGAAUAUAGAGCAUGUUGUGUUUACUUCGCAAAGCUAACAGGACAAGUUGUGGCGAAGAGCGACUCCGCGAUCAUCGAGAUGAAUGACAUCAUUUUGAAAUGACAUAAGCCAAGUGCUCCACGGCAAUGCGUCACGCAUAAGCCUACAAUAUAGCCAGCCCCCUCUGCUCCUAACUACCUAUUACUUCUUUAUGUAUUUUUCUACAAUGUAUAUCUGUAUUGAGGUCGUCAUGUCAGCCUUCUAGUCUACUCGCUUUACUACAUGCCUGUGUCUACACUGUGCCUAACGUGUAGAGCAGCCUAACAUGCCUUCUUCCACGUAUGAUUGCCAGCUGGGCUGUGGCCCAAAAAUGACGCCUUGAACACUCCAAGGUUCGACUGGCGUCGGCCUAGCACUAAGUCGACUGUACCUUGCACAGUAUGCUUUUGCCAUCCGUGUUAUGAUCCGCGAGAUUGACCACCUCCGCCAGAGAAUCCAGAGGGUCGAGCACUAGAGCAAAAGGAUGCCACAUUGAACGAUUUCCUGUCAGCUCCUCAUGUGCUCGCGUGAUUUCCAAUGUUCUCCGAAGUAAAAAUCACAAUUUGCUGGGCAUCCCAAAGAAAUACAUUGCGACUCCGAUAGAUGGACCCAGGCGCAGGAGAGGCAAAGUGAUCAAACAACAUGGUAAGCCAGUAGUACCGGUAAACUGGCAUAACACUCAGAGUGAGGCGCUAUUUCUACCAAUCACUUCCCCUGCAAGCCGACACACU